AUGAGUGCAUAGGUUUUAUUUCGUGUGGUAUGCCAAACUUAAAUUUCUUAAUCGGUAUACAUUGUUGGAAACAAUUCAGCUUUAGGGGAUUGGAAUCCCUAGAAUGGAUUUAAAUUGAUAACUAAUUCAGAGCAGUACCCUUUGUGGAUAGGCGAAAAGCCUUUGGAGGUUGAGCCAAGUAAAACAAUACUUCUCAUUUUUAGAUUUAAUUCUGGAAUUCAAAAUAGUUAUAUGUGAUGGAAAGAAUUCUUAAUGGGAGAUAGGUGCCAACAGAUUAAUUUAAAUCUUAAGCCAAUAGGUUAUUGUGAUAUUAACGUUUAAUUCACCAUCAAUUAUAAUCCAUAACAUCAGAAGACUAUUCUCAAAUAAUGAUUUAACUAAUAUUACUGAGUGUAUUUAAAAAUAAUUUAUCUUUAGCCACUGCAAGAAAGGUUUCAAUACACCUAUAAGAGAAAUUAUAUGAUUCAGAUGAGGACUCAGUAAUAUUUUAAAUCAUAUUGGUUAGGAUCAAGAAAUAGAAAGUGAAGAGAAUUCGUAAUUUUAUGAUGAAGAAACUUCUUGGAUUUCUAAUGAAUAGGCCUAGAGUAGUCCAAAAAAGGAAUCAAAUAAUCCAGAUUGUCAAGUGAACUUGGAAUCUAGAAGUUUUGAUCUUUGA